GUUGUUUUUUUUCGUGACAUCUAUCAUUGUAAAAGUAAUGUUUUAUUGCCAACGUCAAAUUAUAUACCAAAAUUAAUUCAACAAAACAGAAAAAUCAUUACCUAACUAAUUAAAAAUACAGACAUGAAUUAAAUAUUUGAUAAAUAAAUCUUAUAAAAAUUGUCAAAAAAUUUUUUGUUUUCAAAAUGUGCGAGAUUUUUCCUGAAGUCAAUAAUUGUUGCUUUGUGAUAAGCCUUCGUCUUGGCUGUCUGUAUAUUGCAGUAUUAACUAUAAUGUCUGGUGUGAUUUCGUUGAGUACCUUGGAAAGAGUGUCUCAAGCUAAUUAUGAGCAAUUCAUUAUGGCGCAACAAGUGGACUCUCCAAUGAAAGUUCUUGACAACGUCCUUUUUUUAAACAUAUUAGGACUGACAGCAAUAGCUAUGAUUUUCAUAGUCAUGGGUUACAUAUUAAUAUUCGCUAUUAUUACUAGUCAAGAGGGUUUCAUACAACUAUUUGUAUGGAUUAUCUUUCUCGCGACCAUGAUUGGGUUUUUAAUAGUGAUCCUAACUGGGGCGGAGUGUGUAGCAAAAAGCAAAUGUGCGCUAUACCCUUUGGACUGGUUGUCCGGCUCGGCCGUGCUUGUUCUGAUGAGCAGCUUCUUCGCACUGUGGAUCUACUUCAUAUGUGUUGCGAACACAGUCGUUAUAUACAGUUUUUAAAAAGAGUACAAUAGUCUAAAUUCUAUCAAUAUGGCGUAUUGUAUAUAGUGUUGUGGUUUUUUUACGAAAUGACUGUGUGGAUUGUUGAUAUUGUGAAUAAAAUCAUAUUGAUUACCGUUUGUAAUACAUAUUUAAUUUAACCAGCAAGUUUUAACGACGUCCCUACUUGCAAACCUAGCUGUCAAGGCUGUUUCCCUAGCUCGUCUCUUACGUUUCGUCCAGGAGAUAUGGAGUGGUCCUAUUAUAGGGUGGAACCACAAUUCAAGGAAGCAUAUAAACCAUAUGCUAAUAUUUCGGCCUUGACGGAAAUUGUUAUAAUAUAAUAUUAUUUUAUAUUAACUUAACAUAAUAUUCUCGUCGACAGCAAAAAAAAUAUGGUCUGGUAAUAAAAACCCGCAAUUAUCAUGGGUUACGGCAGAAACCGGAUCAAUAUCCGGCGAAAUGCCUGGAAACGGGAUACGGAAGCGAGCUUUAUGGAUUGUUAUAUAAGGCUGUACACACACCACUUAAUAAUUUUACCGUAAUAAAAAAUGGCUUCAGUUCUAGA